AUGGUCUUCCUCCAACAUCACAACCUGAAGCCCGACUUCGAUGCUCGAGAUAUCGGCGUCGAGGACGGUCUCUUCCAAGACCAACAACACCACCGAGCAUCAUUCAAUAUCUUUAUUCCGAGCAAAUUCAACAAGCUAAACGGCACCCCGAACGAAGGCUCUCGGGGUCAGAUCGAAGCCCAGGAUCGCACCAAUUCGCAAGCUAGAAUUGGUCGUAAGUUUGAUGAUCCAGAUUUUGAGAGGUGA